CCGCCAAGCAGAAGGCGGAGCCCGGGGAGAUCGCGCGUGUUGAUUGGAGGCCUCGGCCGUCGGUCACAGGGGAGGCGGGAAGCGGCGGGGAAAGUCCUCUCUCGGGUCGGGCGUGCUCGGAAUGGCGGCUGCGGAGCAGGAAGCCGAACUGCACAGGACGCGCGUACAGGAGCGGGCCAGGCUGCGCCUGCGGGAGUUCGAUGUCGGCGGCAGAUUCUCGCACUUGCCGCUGCCCAAAGCCUCCGUGCUGCUGCCGCUGCUGGUGCGGGGCGGGACGCUGCACCUGCUGCUCACCGUCCGCUCCAUGCAGCUGAGAAGAUCACCAGGGGAAGUGUGUUUUCCAGGAGGUAAAAGUGAAGCAAUUGAUAAAGAUGAAAUUGAUACCGCUCUCCGAGAAGCUAAAGAAGAAGUGGGACUCCAGCCAGAGAAGGUGGAAGUCAUCUGCAGGCUUGUGCCUGGAAUUGAUAAAAUGAAUCACUUGGUAACGCCAGUUGUGGGAUUCAUAGAGGAUACAUUCCAGGCCGCUCCUAAUCCAGAUGAAGUGAGCCAUGUUUUUGUCGUGCCACUGGAGUACUUCAUCAAGCCCUUACAUUACAAUACCUUGCCCUAUAAGACCUCAUCUGGCUACGUAAGCAGGAUGCACUGCUUUACAUAUGAGGACCAGGAACAUAAAGUGUCAUUUAGGAUAUGGGGACUUACUGCACACUUUGCUGUAUUUCUUGCUCUUGUAAUUUUUGGAAAGAGACCUACCUUUGAAGUUGAUUAUGAUCUUGACAACUUAAUUUCAUCUGCUGAGAGUAACUUCAUGAAUUUAUAUGCAUCCGUACGUGAAAGAAAGAAGAGUAACCUAUGACAAACUGGCCUGGCAAUUAAUUUUAUAGUGGAGGAGGAUAAAGGGCUUUGUUUAUUCCCUCUGUAUGUGUUAUUUGAUUGAAUCUCACACUUGUAUUUCUUCUGACUUGGGAACUUGUCAAAAUUUAUUUUAAAAUAAUAAUAUUUUUACGUUGACAAGCCCAAACUAGAUUAAUCUCGUUUUCAACUUAUUUUAGAGCUGCCAAAAGGACACGGUAUUUUUGAUGGACUUAAUAUGCAGAUUUGGAAAAUCUCUUCCAGUUUCUGCCUUUGUUUUGUAUAAUCUAAGACGCUUUCUGUGGUUUGCCACCUAAGCAAUAAGAUAAUACUGGUUUAUCUACUUUGUGUCUGUUUGGAUUAGAAUAUGAAACCUUCCAGGGGUCUGUCUCUUAGUGUGCGCCAUACUACACAUGGACAACAUCAUACAUACAGUCUUUGCACAAUAAAAAUAUAAAAGGUU